AUGUGGCAGGAGGAGGAUGAUGCUGGUAAUGACAGAUUUGUAUGUGUAGAGUUGCUUUGUGGUCGACUAAUGAUGCAGAGUCCAAGGUCUGUCCUUAAUAUCCCCUCAAUGGCUACCACCAGCAGCGCUAGCGUGAGUUUGAAGCUUCUGAUUGACACAAAAAGCCACAAAGUUCUGUUUGCUGAAGCAAGCAAGGAAGGUCUGAAAUUGCUCAAGGCAUCAUUCGAGUCUAACGCAGUUCUCACCAAUGUCUUCCUUGAGAAGAAAGAGGAGUAA